UUGCAUUUGCAAUUUUGCAUCCCAAGCUCUCAGCUCACACCUACUCCAAAAAGGGUAGGGAAAACAAGUCUUUGUAUCCAGAGAUCCAUUCCAUUCCUUAGUUUUCCGAGAAAGCUCGAAACUUGCCCGGAAAAGCCUCCGAUUUUUCUUUCAUGGCAAAUGCUUGGAAAAGGGAAAAGUCCUCGCAGUUCCACGCCUCGAAGACAAUCAAGACCGUCUGCUUACUCUUUAUUAGCACACUCCUUUUCCUCAUGUUCUUCAUCUAUUUCACCGCCCAACCCUCAAGUCCUAACCCUAAUCCCCCCUUCAGAACCGAUUUUUCUUUCUAUCCAAUUCCAGCUUUUGAUUGCUUGAAGUGCCCUCAGUCCCACCCCGUGAUCGCGAACCUCGUGGAGGGCCUCCGAUACCCCUUCCUCUACUCUCUCGCCGACCUGGGAACCUUGCCUGAUAAGCCCCACAAGAACAUUGUCAGAAUGCUAAAAGGGAAACCCUUUCGGAAGCCCGAUAUCUCGGUUUCGAUUCAGGAGGUUCUGGAGAAACUAAGAGGUGAAGGAAGAGGUAAUGGGCUCGUCGUCGAUGUGGGUGCCAAUGUGGGCAUGGCCAGCUUCGCCGCCGCGGCGAUGGGUUUUAGGGUUUUGGCUUUCGAGCCGGUCUUCGAGAACUUGCAGAGGAUUUGUGAUGGGAUUUAUCUGAAUCGCGUCGGGAAUUUGGUCACCGUGUUCGAGGCUGCCACGUCUGACCGGACUGGGAACAUUACCUUCCACAAGUUGGUUGGUCGGCUGGAUAACAGUGCAGUUUCAGCAACAGGUGCAAAGAUGGCAUUCAAAUCCAAUGAAGAGAUAGCACUUGAAGUGAGGUCCAUCCCCCUCAAUGAAGUAAUCCCAGAAUCAGAGCCUGUGCUUCUGAUCAAAGUCGAUGUUCAGGGCUGGGAAUAUCAUGUUCUAAAAGGAGCCUCGAAGUUACUAAUGAGAAAGGGAAGGGAAGCCCCAUAUCUCAUCUACGAGGAAGAUGAGAAAUUGUUGCAAGCCAGUAAUAGCAGUGCCAAAGAGAUUCAAGACUUCCUACAAACUGUGGGUUAUAGUCAUUGCACUAAGCAUGGUACAGAUGCCCACUGCACCAAGACAGAUUGACGCAAUUUUCUACCUUAAAGUUUGCUCUUAGAAAUGUAGCCCAAGUGCAGUAUGAUUGGUGGCUCGCCUUAAUGAUUAUGGAACUUAAUCUUCCAAGAGUGAAAGUAAGGAAUAUUGUCAGAGUUGCUAAUGACACCUCGGUUACAAAGAUGGCAUUUACGUGGUUGAAAUGCUAGCUUAUUUAUUGCCUAGAGGAUAACAUCCAUGCGGGAAUUGACAGACGCGCAACAAAGUUUGGUUUGAUGAAGCUGCAAUGCCGUUACUAGCUAGUUGAUUAUGCAUAGUUUUUGUCAACAGUGCAUCGAUUUGUAAACUUUAAAAUGUAAAAUUCUUUACCUUUUGUUAUUUGGUAGAUGCACUGAUUUUUUAUGGAAUGCAUUGAGGAACAGGCGAUCACUGAUGCGUCGUCCGGUUUACAA